CCACCUCUUGCAGAAGGACAGCGAGGCGGCUCCCACAACGGCAUUGGCCACGGCCGGAAGUGCAGCGAAGCGCGCUGUUUCCCCCCUCCCCACCCAACCGACAUGAGGAUGUCAGUUGUCGCAGUCAUUGCUGGAUCACCUCACGUACGCAUGCGGCUUAAACCAAAACAGGCCGACGUUUUAAAUUGGCGAGGGUUCGACGAUGGGAAGAUGUUUCGACAUUUAAAACUUCUGAAAGAUUUUGGCCUGGUUUGAAGCUCCGAGGAGUCACGGCACAGAUAGAGGCCAAAGUAACUGCAAGUCGAAAGGCUACGGGACACCAGUUUACAAUCCAGUUUAUUUGAAUAAUCACACGCUUGCGAGGUGUUGUUCAUUCGACUUCUGACUUUGUCGACUCCGGUCCAACACCAGUAUCUCUUACAUUUAAAAAACAACCGAAAAGAACUGUGGAUGCUGGGAAACUGAAAUAGCUGGAAAAUCUCACCAGGUGGUGUCAUUGCAUACAUAAGUUCAUCAAGUUCCAGUUGUAGUCCUGUCUCUUAUUAUAGUGACAGUUCAGAGAACAGUUUCCAGUCAGUCUCGUCUUCUGUUCCAUCAUCACCCAGCAGUCUUGUAUCUGAUAACCACAUUAACUCCAGUGAUAUGCUUGCUAAUAACUGUACAUUGAAACUAGGAAGUCCCAGUAACAUCCAUCUUGCGUGCUCAGCUAAAGGGGAUGGACCGAACACAAGUCCUUUGAGCAAAUGUACCAGCGGCAUUACUAAAAUUAAUGGAAUGGUCCUUCUAUGUAAAGUCUGUGGAGAUGUGGCAUCUGGAUUCCAUUAUGGUGUGCAUGCAUGUGAAGGUUGCAAGGGAUUUUUCCGAAGGAGCAUUCAGCAGAAUAUCCAAUAUAAGAAAUGCCUGAAAAAUGAAAACUGUUCCAUAAUGAGGAUUAAUAGGAACCGGUGUCAGCAAUGUCGCUUCAAGAAGUGUUUGGCUGUAGGCAUGUCCCGAGAUGCUGUUCGAUUUGGACGCAUUCCCAAACGUGAAAAACAGAGAAUGUUGAUAGAAAUGCAAAGUGCAAUGAAGAUGAUGAUGAAUAAUCAGUUGAAUGGCUACGCACAGACUGAAGCAUCACAAGAUGAGAUCGCUUCUCCACAACUGCAGCAUGAACAACUUCAAAACAUUGAAGAUGAUGUAAUUGGUACAGUGACCAAAGCCCAUAAGGAAACAUUUCACUCUACACAAGACAAACCAGGCAAAAUACUGGAAGCUCUGAAGCUCCAGAACAGAGAGAAUCUUCAGAAAAACAGUGAUGAUAAUUGGAUAAUUGGUCACUCUACAAAUAGCGUUAAUAGAAUCCACUGUUUGCUCAAUGCAAACCAGCAUAAAUUCUCUAACACAAAUCAGAGUAAUAACCAUAUAUUUUGCCCAAAUGAUGUCUCAGAUAGAUUCAUAAGUAGGCAUUAUCAUACUGUUUCGAAUGAAUAUACCCAAAAUGCAAUUGCAGAAGAUGGAUUUUCGCAAAGUAGUGCCAUGUUUGAUCAUUCUUGCACCACGGAAAGGAGAAUGCAUCUGGUGUGCCCGAUGAGUAUGUCUCCCUAUGUAAACCCCGAUAAAUCCGAACAGGAAAUUUGGGAAGAAUUCUCCAUGAGCUUUACACCUGCAGUUAGAGAAGUGGUAGAAUUUGCAAAACGUAUUCCAGGAUUCAAAGAUCUAUCACAGCAUGACCAAGUGAGCUUGCUUAAAGCUGGAACAUUUGAGGUAUUAAUGGUACGCUUUGCUGCUUUAUUUGAUGUACAUGAGCGCACAGUCACAUUUCUUAGUGGAAAGAGUUAUGGCAUGGAGGAGUUGCAGUUACUGGGGGCAGGUGAUUUGUUGAUCUCCAUGUUUGAAUUUAGCGAGAAACUUGGUGCCCUGCAGCUCAGUGAAGAGGAAAUGAGCCUGUUCACAGCUGUUGUCCUGGUUUCUGCUGAUCGUUCAGGAAUAGAAAAUGUUAACUCAGUGGAGCAAUUGCAAGAAACUCUAAUUCGAGCGCUCAGAACCUUAAUUAUGAAAAACCAUCCAAAUGAAUCCUCCAUCUUUACAAAGCUCUUACUGAAAUUACCUGACCUGCGUUCUCUUAACAAUAUGCAUUCAGAAGAAUUGUUGGCCUUUAAAAUAUAUCCUUAAACUUACGAAUUAGUUCUCAACCCUUUGUUUCUAUUCUGUACAUUUUGUGAAUGAGUUUGCAUAUUUAUAUAGUGCGUUUUUCUGCUGCAUUAUUUUUGAGCUACAAAGGGAGUAAUUAAUCAAAUAUCAAAUAUUGAAAAUUGCAAGUAUACAGAAGAUAUUAAUUAAAAUAUAUUUUGAGAUUUUAACUUGUAUGUAACUUGAGACUAUUGAAUAUGUAUAAAUAGGACUCAGUGUUUAUAUUUCAUCCUUAAAGAUGACUUGGCUAAUUAUGGCUUCACACUAAAAUUAAAAUCUUAUGGAUUUUAAAAGAAUAGUGCUUUCAUGUUGCAAGUCCCCAUUCUGCAUUGUUGUCUCAUUAUUAGUGGGAUGGACAACAGAGCAUAACUUAAUAAAGCUGAAUUGUAUCCAUAACUAAUUCUUUCCCAGUUAAGAAAAACAGUUUUGUAACAGCCUGACAGUAAUUUGUGGAGUCUGUGAUUAGCGCCCACUUCCCUUCCUGAUCCUUUUUUCUUCAAAUCACCAAAUUGAAGCAGUUGAGUAACAUAUUGCAACCAGCAUGUCUAUAAGUCUUGUCUUUAUUAGCUGUGUUUGCAGUAUCCACUGACUGAUUGUUAAUCUACAUAUAAUGAAAUGGUUAUUAUUAUUCGAGUAACAUUUUAAAGUUUGGUAUUGUCCUCCUAGAUUGACUAGUGUCAAAUGUGCUUUUUAAUUUGUAUUAUUUUUUGGAUGUGGAUCAAUGUAGUAAAGGAAUGGUUUCCACUGCACUGCCCCUUUUGUUGUUCUUGUCUGUGUAAUGGAUAAUUCAAGUUUUUAUAAAACAUUGAUUAGUCCACAGAUGAACUUCUGUGCCGUUCUGGUCGCCACACAAUCGCAAAGACCUGAUUGCACUGGAGAUGGUACAGAAGAGAUUCAGUAGGAUGUUGCCUAGGAUGAGAUGUCUCAAUGUAAAGAUAGGCUGGGUUUUUUCUUUCUGGGAGCACAAGGUUAAACGAGGAUAUGAUUGCAGUAUACAGAAUUAUGAAGUGCAUAGACACAGUAGACCACGAGAAACUCUUACCCAUGGCAGACAUGUCUAGGACCAGAGGGCACAAGUUUGAGGUGAGGUCCAACAUUUAAGAGGAGAUCUGAGAAAAUUCUUUUUUACACAUGCCGGUACUCUCUCAACAUUUAAGAAGCACAUGGAUGAGCACUUAAAAUGCCAGGGCAUAGUAGGGGCUAUGGACCGCAUAAAGGAAAAUGGGGUUAGUUUAUUUGUUGGUUGGCAUAGACAUUGGCUGAAGGGCCUAUUUUUAUGCUGUUUGACUCUAAGUUUCCAUUGUGCAAUGGUGUAUAAAACGUUUUUUUAUUCAUCCAUGGGGAGAGAGUGUUGCUGGCUAGGCCAGCACUUACUUCCUCAUCUCUAAUAGUCUUUGAUUAUGUGGGGGUGAGUUCCCUUCUUGAACAACUGGAGGCCUCCGGAUGUAGAUAUACAGAGUGGUGCUAGGGAGGUAUUUCCAGGAUGUUGACCCCAAGAUUUACUCGUAAAUUUUGUGUUAAUCUUUUUAUGAUGAUUUUUCAGUGGUCAGAAGCAAAGCCUUUGGCUGGUAUUGUUACCCCCUUUUUACUUGGGUACUGACCCAAUCGUGACUACAAACUGCUGACUUGAACCCAAGAUCCUUGAUUUCAUUUCAAAUCAGGGCAUGCUUAGGAUGGUGAAAGAGUGCAAGUGUGGGGUUUGGUGUGAGAAUAGAGGUGCAAGUGUGAAAUAUGUUCUUGUGUUUGGGACCCAUGCUAUUUUAAUUUCUGUAUAUUAUCUACCAUGUUGUGAGUCAGAUUCCUGCCUCAAACAGACAAAUAGAUAGCUCAAGAGGAGCAAAAUCCUGCAAAUGCUGGAAAUCUGAAAUAAAAACAAAAUACUACGGGAAAUAUGGCAGGACUGGCUGAUCUGUGGAGAGAGAAACUGUUAACAUUUUGAGUUUGAUGUGAAGAGUUUGUUCUGAGGACAUCACAUGGGACUCAAAACUAACUCUCCACAGAUGGUGUAAUAGGUGCUGAGUUUAUCCGGUGGUUUGUUUUUAUUUUAGUUGUGCGUAGCUGCUGGCAAGUGAGAGAGAUCACAGCCUGAUGUUUAGACGUUUGCUUGGAUGCAGGUAAGUCACAGGUUGCAGAACUCAAUGGUGUCCAACAGAAGUUAAAAUUCUGACUGUGCUAAGAAUUAGGAUUGUCAGGUGGGUUCACAAUGUAGCGCAGCUGCCUGUGCUGGAAAUGACAUCUACUACUGACUUGACCUUGUGCUUUGCUGACAAAAUGCAUCUGUUACAAAACAUUGUGUGGAUCUUUUUUCAGGGCAGUGCUUUGAACAAGGUCAAACUGCCUGGUUUAACAUUUUGGAAAAGCUUAGCAAGUAACCACUGGUCAACUAACUAUAUGCUGCAUGGUAAAAUCUCAACCAAUUAGUGCACUCUUAUCAUUAACAUAAAACAUUGUUUUCCUUUACAUUGGUGUUUCUUGCAGGUUGACCUGAUGGGUGCAAGUGUAAAAAAGCCUUGAGAAAAUAUAUCUUCGUGCAACAAUACACUGACAUUAAAAAUGAUUAAAAAAUGGCUACUUGGCUGACAGCUGGUUAAUAAGUUGUUUUUUUUUGCAUUCUACUUGGCAUUAAUAAAGCAGUGUGCCUAAAUGAUGGAUGUGAUGGUAAACUAGUGGCUGAAGAAUGGAGGCAAGUCAAAUUCUGACACCUUCAAGAAAAUAUUGGAAGGGGAAGGAAAAGAGAUAAUAACCUCAUUAUUAUGCUGCUUUAGAAUAAGCCAUUGCCAGAAGUUUCUAAUUUCCAACCAUGUUUUGUAGCUUUUAAAGCAGAAACACUAGGAGAUGUGAAAAUGCAGAUAGGAAGGUUGUGAAAAUAGAACCAUUAAAAGACAGGAAGAAAACAAAGGAAGCAGACCUGGGAGCAAGGAAAAUGGUUAUCCAAUGCCUUUCACUUAAGUAUGUACCUAAAUUUGGAAUUAUAUCAGUCAGGUAUGGUAAAUGAUGUGCCGGGUGCACGCAGAUACUUUCGUACAUUUAGAGCAUCUUGUUUCAGAAUGAAACUGAAGAAACAACUGAGCUACUUACCUGCCUGUCAGUAGAAGAUAGCAUGGCAAGACUAUGGUCAGAAACUGGUGGGCAGUGCAUUCAGAUCUCAAAACAUGUACUGCUGUUGGAUAAGGUUCUUCAUUGGUAAUACAGGAGGGAAAUAAAAUCUCUUUGCUUCAAUUUCUGGAGAGAAAAAGGCACCAAAAGUAACAAUUUAUUAUAACAAUACAAGCAUUUCAUUGCUCCUGAUGACAAGUACCAGUUCAAAAUUGAAAAGAUAGGCAAAUACUGUUUCCUCAGGUCUCUGUCAAUCAAUGAAAGACAAAUGAGCAGGCAGUCAGGAUGAUUCUGCCAUAGAGAAGAUAUUCCCUUUUCUUAGUCUUUUUCUUUGAUUAUGGCCUCUAGUGAGAUUGUGUAUUGAAAUUAAAUCAGGCUUUGUACAUGAUUGGUAAAUUUUAUCCAAUGCUGAACAACCGAACAUAGCGUAACAUAAAAAGGCUCUUUAGCUUCUUAAACUUGUUCUGCCACUCAGAUGAUUUUAUAGCUGUUUAACUGCAUUCUCUCAUUUUUGCUCCAUAUCUCUUGGUAUUGUUCACCACCAAAAAAAUUAUCAUUCUUCUACAAGUAUUUAAGUGCAUUGUAAAUU